CGAAAGGGGGCGGGGCCUUUCCUGUGAGGCGCCGCGCAUGCGCAGUGCGCUGCCGCGGGGAGCUGUGUCUGCCGGCCGCCUUCACGCCGCCAUGGCGCUGCUGCAGAGCUGCCGCUUCCUCGCCGCCCCCCGCCUCGCCGCCGCCGCCCGCGCCAGCUCAUGGUGGUCCCACGUGGAGAUGGGUCCCCCCGACCCUAUCCUGGGGGUGACCGAAGCGUUCAAGCGCGACACCAACUCCAAGAAGAUGAACCUGGGCGUGGGGGCGUACCGGGACGACAACGGGAAGCCCUACGUGCUGAGCUGCGUUCGCAAGGCGGAGGCCAUGAUAGCCUCUAAGAAGAUGGACAAGGAGUACUUGCCCAUCGGGGGGCUGGCGGAUUUCACCCGGGCAUCGGCAGAGCUGGCACUGGGUGAAAACAGCGAGGCUUUCAAGAGCGGCCGGUAUGUCACCGUGCAGGGUAUUUCUGGGACUGGAUCUCUGCGAAUUGGAGCCAAUUUUUUGCAACGGUUCUUCAAGUCCAGCCGCGACGUGUACCUACCCAAACCCUCCUGGGGCAAUCACACGCCCAUCUUCCGCGAUGCGGGCUUGCAGCUCCAGGCUUACCGCUACUACGACCCCAAAACCUGCAGUCUCGACUUCGCUGGAGCUAUGGACGACAUUUCUAAAAUCCCAGAGAAGAGCAUCAUCCUCUUGCACGCCUGCGCUCACAACCCCACCGGAGUGGAUCCCAGGCAGGAGCAGUGGAAGGAGAUGGCAGCCACGGUGAAGAAACGGAACCUCCUGGUGUACUUCGACAUGGCCUACCAGGGCUUUGCCAGCGGGGACAUCAACCGGGACGCCUGGGCCGUGCGGCAUUUCAUCGAGCAGGGCAUCAACAUCGUGCUGUCGCAGUCCUACGCCAAGAACAUGGGGCUGUACGGAGAGCGCGCAGGAGCCUUCACGGUGAUCUGCAGCGACGCAGAGGAAGCCAAGAGGGUGGAGUCGCAGCUGAAGAUCCUCAUCCGUCCCAUGUACUCCAACCCGCCCCUGAACGGAGCCCGCAUCGCCUCCAUCAUCCUCAACACCCCCGAGCUGCGGAAGGAGUGGCUGGUGGAGGUGAAGGGCAUGGCUGACCGGAUCAUCGGCAUGCGGACUCAGCUGGUGUCCAACCUCAAGAAGGAGGGAUCCUCGCACAACUGGCAGCACAUCACCGACCAGAUCGGCAUGUUCUGCUUCACGGGGCUGAAGCCCGAGCAGGUGGAGCGGCUGAUCAAGGAGUUCUCCAUCUACAUGACAAAGGACGGCCGAAUCUCCAUGGCGGGCGUUACGUCGGGCAACGUAGGUUACCUGGCUCACGCCAUCCACCAGGUCACCAAGUAAAGACAGAGCGUGCUCUGGAGCUGUCGGCCUUCCCCGCUGCUGGAAGAAGGGGAAGGAAAGGAAGCAAGCAGAAAACUUCCAACCACAGCACUUAACGCCGCUGCUGAAUGUAUCUUGUAGAUGAGUUGUUGUAGAAGCCUAGUCAAACUCGCACCACGCUGUGGAGCAGGGACAGCAGUGCUGGCUCCCCCGUGUCACAGCCAUCCUCCCCUGCUGCUCGUCCUUUGCCCAUCAGCCCCAGCACCCGUCUGCACUGGAGGAAGCAAACGGUUAGCGCUCGGCCAUCCUGCCUGCGUAGGCACCGAAGGCAUCCCCACGCUCGUUUCUCCAUGAGAAUGCUUUGUGAGGCUGCUCGCCCGGGCAGCAGCGGUCAGGGAGUGGGGUGGGCUGAGGGGGGGCUGUUUGGGAUCACUCCUGCGUCCUCCUGAACCCAUCCUGCUGCAGGCUCCCCUCCUCUUCCACCUCAGGGCCAGGCAGCGCUGAAGCUGCCCUCCGACAACUGCCAUAAAGGCUCUGAGGACUUGUAACUACUAAAACGUGCUCCCCUCUGGGCUCUGCUCUUUGCAGCUGGAAAUCUGUCAAGUGUAAUUCACGGUGGCGUUGGUGCGUGUGGCAGACCCCUGUCACUGCUCUGAACCUCCCUUCCCCUGCUAUAAGGUGACAAUUCCUCGCCCUUCAAUAAGAACCUCCUCUGAAAACUGC